AUAAACCCAAAUUCCUCAUCAGUUACCUCUACAUAUGUGCAAUUUUGUCGUCUUUUUUUUCCCCACAAAAAUACAUACAUCUCAAAACCAUUUAUUUAUGUAUUACUUGUUUUUUAGAAGAAGUGUUUACAAGUUUUUCAGAAAAAUUGAGUUGGGUGGGAGAAGACAUACACAAAGAAAGAAUGGCGAGCUCGGUGGAGAUGAAUGAAGUUGUGUCCAUUGAGCUUCCAGCUCCAGCUGGUUGGAUGAAAAGGUUUCUGCCUAAGACAGGAGGGACUCCAAAGAAAAAUGAGAUUGUAUUUACUGCACCAACAGGGGAGGACAUCACUACAAAAAAACAGUUGCAGCAGUACCUGAAGUCACACCCUGGUGGUCCGCCAAUCACUGAGUUUGACUGGGGAAAUGGUGAAACUCCAAGAAGAUCCACAAGGAUCAGUGGAAAGGCAAAGGCAGCUCCACUUGCAGCAGAAAGUGUCACUCCAACAAAACGAAGCAGAAAAUCUUCAGCUUCUAAGAAAGAUGUGAAAGACAAAGAAGAGCAUGAAGAAACUGAGGCAGCAAAGGAUGUUAACAUGCCAGAAGCUGAAACACAUGAAAAGGAUGUUGCGGCUGUGGAAGAUGAAAAGGUGGUCAAACAGAAACAUGAUGAGGGAAAAGAUGAAAAUAAGGAUAUCGAGAAAGAUGUGGAGGAGGAUGAAAUGCCUUCAAUUAAUGUCGAUGUUGUGAAGGAGAACCAAGCUGAGAAGACAAGAGAAGGUCAAACUGAAGAUGGUCCUACCAAAGAUGCUGUUGUUGAGAAAGAUGUCAUAAUGGAAGGUAAUGCUGCAGAGAAGAAAGAUGAAAUGCAUUCUUCUGCUGUUGAUGUUGUGAAGGAGAACCAAGCCGAAAAGAUGAGAGAAGGCCAAAAAGCAGAAGAUGGUCCUUCUAAAGAGGCUGACGUAGAGAAAGAUGGCAUAAUGGCAGAUAAUGUUGCAGAGAAGAAAGAUGAAAUGCAUUCGUCUGAUGCUGAUGCUGUGAAGGAGAACCAAGAUGAAAACAAAAGUGAUGGACAACCAGAAGAUGCUCCUGCCAAAGUGGCUGAGGUUGACACUAAUGUUGAAGAGGCAUUGCUGGCUAAAGAGGUCCCUGUGGUGAAAGAAGCAGAUGAGGAAGAAGUAACUGAUAACGGAAUCAAGGCUGAUGAGAUUAACCUUUGAGUAGUGACAUAGAGCCAUUCUAUGCUGUCCUCUUACCCUGCUCUCUCGUUCUCUCUGACCUUUAGUCUUGUUUCUUUUCUUUAGUGACUGUAGUGUUGUUGUCAAUGGUAGAUACUCUUGACUGUUCAUGAGAUAUCUGUACGUAAAAUCUUAGAUUUAGGUCCUGAAUUGCAGCCUUGUCCUCUGAAAGAAUAUAUAGCUGAAAGAGAUAUCUGUAAACCUUAGAUCAUAGAUUAGACCUUAAGUUGGAUGGAAUUUGUAAUUUGUAAUUUGCUGAGAUCCAUGUAGCAUGUUGUGACAAAACUCGGUAACGUAAAUUGUAAUAAGUCCAUGUUUAGUUA